GAAAAAACUAAAAGUAACCCUAAAACAUCUUAAAUAGGAGUGUAAAAGGCGAUAUAGUGGUUAGUGAACGCGGUCUGUUGUUGUUGUUAGUGCAGGAGGAGGAGGAAGGACAAGCUCAGGUCAAUGGCGACUCUCCUGCAGAAAAUCGCCCGCCUGGCCGUCACCACCUUCAGGCGUGACCCCAGGCUGACCCCAGGGGCUUACAAGACACACUAUGACCAGCUGUCUGACCUCCUGGCGCGCAUCACCCCGGCUGACCUCAAACUUGACCCCGCCUUGCUGCAGGACCGAGGACCCUUCAACCCGCGGAGGGACGGGGCGCCGGUCACCUACAUGCAGAUCUACGAGGACCUGGACGUCACCAUCUGUGUGUUCAUUCUGAAGCGUGGCGUGCGGCUACCCCUGCAUGACCACCCUGGGAUGUGCGGCUUACUCAAGGUCGUCCAUGGCGCUGUGUCCAUUCAGAGUUACAGCUUCUUGGGCGACGGGAACGGCCAACAACAGAACAAUGGGAUACCUCACCCCUCCACCACCACCACCAUGCCCUCACACCACCAGGGGCUCCUCGCGGCAACCAAACACCCAACCAUCAUCACCUCCGCCAACGACCCCGCUUGCCGUCUCAGCCCCGGGGAGAACAACCUACACGAAAUCCACUCCCUGAACGGAACAGCUGCCUUCCUCGACAUCCUCUCCCCGCCCUAUGGAAUGGACGACCGCUUAGGCUACGAGAGGGACUGCCACUACUACCGGGAGCUGGAUAUUCUACCGCCUGGGUUUGGUGGCGGUCUGGAAGAGGGUUAUGAGAUGGGGGACGGUGAGGGUUCUUCCGAGGGGCCGACGGUUUUGCUUUGUCGGGUUGAAACGCCGAGUGAUUUUUGGUGCGACCAGGCGGAGUUUAAGGGACCCCCAGUGCUGGUUGACGGUAAUAAUGGGAGCUUGUAAGGGUGUGUGGGGUGAAUGGGGUGUGUGUGUGUGUGUGUGUGUUUUUUUUUCCUUCCUUCCUUCCUUCCUUCCUUCCCUCCUUCCACCCUUCCUUCCUUCCCUUCUUCCUCCUUUCCUUCCUUCCUUCCUUCCUUCCUUCUUCCUCGACUCUUUCUCUUCUUCUUCCCCUCCUCCUCCUCUUCUUCUUCUUCUUCUUCAUUGAUUUCUUCCCCUCCUCCUCCUCCUCCUCCUCCUCUUCUUUUUCCUUUCUUCUCUCCUUCCUCUUCUCCUUUCUACCUUCUUUCAUUAUUUUCUUUUCCUCCUCCUCCUCCUCCUCCUCCUAAUAUGCAUAUGUGUGUGUGUAUGUAUGUGCGUGAAGGAAUGUGUGUGCGCGCGAGGCCAUGUGCGUAUUUGUGUGUGUACAUUACGAGUCUCUGUCCAUUUCAAGUUGUUAUGACAGGGAGCCAGAUCUUUGUGAUAUUACAGUGCUGUGUGUGUACAUAUGUGCGCGUCCGGUCUCUCUCUGUGUGUACGCCAGUGUGUGUGUGCGCGCAGUGGCGACUUAUGUGCGUUUAAAGCCCUUACUUAUUUUUUUUCUAUUUUUUUUAUUUUCUAUUUAUAUUAAUUUUUUCCUCUCUCUCUCUCUCUCUCCUCUUCUUAUUCUUCCUUUUUUCCUCUUCCUCCUUCCUUCCUCUCUCUUCCUCCUCUUCUUCCUUCCCCUUCUCCUCCUCCUCUUCUUCCUUCCUCUUCUCCUUCUCUCUAUCUUUCAAUGUCCUUUUUCCCUCUUCUUCAAUUCAAAGUCUCAUAUUUUGCAUUAUUAUUAUUAUUAUUAUUAUUAUUAUUAUUAUUAUUAUUAUUAUUAUUAUUAUUAUUAUUAUUAUUACUAUUAUUAUUAUUAUUCAGCUGCAUUCAAAUAAGCAACUAAUUUCUAGGUUUGUUUUGGUUUGGACACUCAAUCAACACCUUGACACAUAAACACAGACUCUCAUUUGGAUUUCUAGAGAGUGUCGUUGAAUUUAAACUCAUUUCGCUUAUAUUUCGACAGUCAUUUGAUUUCAUAGACUCAGUGAACUUAUAAACAGACUCUCAUUUGAAUUUCUAGAGACUGUCAUUGAAUUUAAACUCAUUUCGCUUAUGUUUCGAUAGUCAUUUGUUUUCGUAGACUCAGUGAACUUAUAAACAGACUCUCAUUUGAAUUUCUAGAGACUGUCAUUGAAUUUAAACUCAUUUCGCUUAUAUUUUGAUAGUCAUUUGAUUUCAUAGACUCGGUGGACUUAUAAACACAGACUCUCAUUUGAAUUUCUAGACUCGUUGAAUCUAUAGACAUAUUUCGCUUAUAUUUUGAUAGUCAUUUGAUUUCAUAGACUCGGUGAACUUAUAAACACAGACUCUCAUUUGAAUUUCUAGAGACUGUCAUUGAAUUUAAACUCAUUUCGCUUAUAUUUUGAUAGUCAUUUGAUUUCAUAGACUCGGUGAACUUAUAAACAGACUCUCAUUUGAAUUUCUAGAGACUGUUGUUGAAUCUAUAGACAUAUUUCGCUUAUAUUUUGAGUCAUUUGAUUUCAUAGACUCAGUGAACUUAUAAACAGACUCUCAUUUGAAUUUCUAGAGACUGUCAUUGAAUUUAAACUCAUUUCGCUUAUAUUUCGAUAGUCAUUUGAUUUCAUAGACUCAGUGAACUUAUAAACACAGACUCUCAUUUGACUUUCUAGAGACUGUUGUUGAAUCUAUAGACAUAUUUCGCUUAUAUUUCGAUAGUCAUUUGAUUUCAUAGACUCGGUGAACUUAUAAACAGACUCUCAUUUGAAUUUCUAGAGACUGUCAUUGAAUUUAAACUCAUUUCGCUUAUGUUUCGAUAGUCAUUUGAUUUCAUAGACUCAGUGAACUUAUAAACAGACUCAUUUGAAUUUCUAGAGACUGUUGUUGAAUCUAUAGACAUAUUUCGCUUAUAUUUUGAUAGUCAUUUGAUUUCAUAGACUCGGUGAACUUAUAAACAGACUCUCAUUUGAAUUUCUAGAGAGUGUCGUUGAAUUUAAACUCAUUUCGCUUAUAUUUCGAUAGUCAUUUGUUUUCCUAGACUCAGUGAACUUAUAAACAGACUCUCAUUUGAAUUUCUAGAGACUGUUGUUGAAUCUAUAGACAUAUUUCACUUAUAUUUCGAUAGUCAUUUGAUUUCAUAGACUCAGUGAACUUAUAAACAGACUCUCAUUUGAAUUUCUAGAGACUGUUGUUGAAUCUAUAGACAUAUUUCGCUUAUAUUUCGAUAGUCAUUUGAUUUUCUACACUCGGUGAACUUAUAAACACAGACUCUCAUUUGAAUUUCUAGACUCGUUGAAUCUAUAGACAUAUUUCGCUUAUAUUUCGAUAGUCAUUUGAUUUCAUAGACUCGGUGAACUUAUAAACACACUCAUUUGAAUUUCUAGAGACUGUCAUUGAAUUUAUAGACAUAUUUCGCUUAUAUUUCGAUAGUCAUUUGAUUUUCUACACUCGGUGAACUUAUAAACACAGACUCUCAUUUGAAUUUCUAGAGACUGUCAUUGAAUUUAAACUCAUUUCGCUUAUAUUUCGAUAGUCAUUUGUUUUUCUAGACUCGGUGAACUUAUACCUUGUCCAUUUGUUUACAUUUUCAACCCUCAUUUGAAUCUGUUUAAACUCUCAUUUGAUUCUUUAGUGUCAAGGGUAUUGCUCUUUUUAUUAUUAUUAUUAUUAUUAUUAUUAUUAUUUUUAUUGGUUAAGUAGAUAGAUUUUUUGCAUUGUCUCUCCCUCCUCUUGUCAGUAAGAUAAUAGUAAUAAUAAUAGUAAUAAUAAUAGUAGUAAUAGUUCUUCAAUAGUUCUGUCAAGUGCAGUUUUUAUGAAUUUUUUUUGGUGGUCUUCAGAAUUUGGUGUUUGUAUGUAUGUAUGUAAAUGUUAACAAAGGUCAUUAUGCCUCUCA